AUGGCCAAGAAUUUUAAGAGUAAAAAAGUGCAAAAGUCAACAGAAACAACCGAACUUGGGAAGGUCCUGUACAUGUGCCAAGGGCAGCCGGUUGUGAGACUGACAUCAAGGGACAUUCCGUAUCCAAACUCCCCUGUCUUGAAUUUAUCUUCAAGAAUAAUAGGAAAGGUGGACGAAAUCCUGGGAAGAAUAGACGAUGUCCAUGCAACUAUCAAGCUGGACAACCCAUCUGGUGAGGUCAACGAGGGCGAGACCCUGCUUUCCUAUGUAGAUAAGUUCAUUCCAAAAAGGAGGUUUUUGCCCAGAGAGGAGGUUGAAAAAAGGAAGGAGGAGAUAGACCGAAAGAAAUCCAAGCCCAAAAACGAUCACGGAGCCGAAAGAGGGAGGUCCAAGGCCUUCAGAGAAAGGCAAAAGAUGCACGAAAGAAAACCUAACAAAAAGUGGGGUGCAGCCAGAAACGGAAGGAGCGAAAGUAACAAGAAACGGGAUUAUGGUAGAAGCAACCGUGGUAAUUAA